UUGGGCGGCGGCGGUGGCGGAUGGCGGCGGCCAUGGGCUCGGCGCUGCGCUUCCCGCUGCUGCUCCUCCUGGCGCUCGCCGCCCCGGCGCCCGCGCUCGCCGGAUACAUCGAGGCACUCGCAGCCAAUGCUGGGACAGGCUUUGCCGUGGCGGAGCCGCAGAUCGCCAUGUUCUGCGGGAAGCUAAACAUGCACGUGAAUAUCCAGACUGGGAAAUGGGAACCGGACACCUCGGGGACCAAGAGCUGCCUUGGAACAAAGGAGGAGAUUCUGCAGUACUGCCAGGAGAUGUAUCCAGACCUUCAGAUCACGAACGUCGUGGAAGCCAACCAACCUGUCAGCAUCGAGAGCUGGUGUAAGAAGGGGAAGAAGCAGUGCAAGGACCACACUCACAUUGUCGUGCCCUACAAGUGCCUAGUGGGGGAGUUUGUGAGCGACGUGCUGCUGGUUCCAGAAAAGUGCCGAUUCUUCCACAAGGAGCGGAUGGAUGUGUGCGAAAGCUACCAGCACUGGCACACGGUGGCCAAAGAGGCGUGUCUCACGGAAGGGAUGAUCCUGCACGGCUAUGGAAUGCUGCUGCCCUGCGGCGUGGACCAGUUCCACGGCACCGAGUACGUGUGCUGCCCUCAGACCAAAGCGGCAGAGGAAGCCCCUUCCAAAGAGGAGGAGGAGGAUGAAGACGAGGAGGAAGACUACGACCUUUAUAAGAGCGAGUUCCCUACAGAGGCAGGUGUCGAAGACUUCACAGGGACAGCUGUGGAGGAGGAGGAGGAGGAGGAUGAAGAGGAUGAAGGGGAAGAGGAGGAGGAGGAGGAGGAUGUGGUGGAAGAUCGUGAUUACUAUUACGACAGCUAUAAAGUAGACGAUUACAACGAAGAGACCCCCACGGAGCCCAGCAACGACAAGGCUCUCUCUGACAAAGAAGUCAGCAGCGACAUGAAGUCUGUCUGCUCGCAGGAGGCGGUGACAGGGCCCUGCCGCGCCGUGAUGCCGCGCUGGUACUUCGACCCUAACAAGAGCAAGUGCGUCCGCUUUAUAUACGGAGGCUGCGGAGGCAACAGGAACAAUUUUGAGUCAGAGGAGUAUUGUGUGGCUGUGUGUAAAAAGAUGAUGCCCACUGAUGAUGUGGAUGUGUACUUCGAAACGCCGGCUGAUGACAACGAGCACGCCCGCUUCCAAAAAGCAAAGGAGCAGCUGGAGGUCCGACACCACAACCGCAUGGACCGGGUAAAAAAGGAAUGGGAGGAAGCAGAACAUCAAGCCAAGAAUCUCCCCAAGGCAGAAAGACAGACUCUCAUUCAGCACUUCCAGGCCAUGGUUAAAUCCCUGGAAAAAGAGGCCGCAAGCGAGAAGCAGCAGCUGGUGGAGACUCACCUGGCCCGGGUGGAAGCGAUGCUGAACGACCGCCGCCGGAUCGCCCUGGAGAACUACCUGGCAGCCCUGCAGGCCGAUCCACCCCGGCCCCACCGCAUCCUGCAAGCUCUGAAGCGCUACGUGCGUGCCGAGAACAAGGACCGCCUGCACACCAUCCGCCACUACCAGCACGUCCUGGCAGUUGACCCAGAAAAGGCUGCGCAGAUGAAAUCUCAGGUGAUGACACAUCUCCAUGUGAUCGAGGAGCGGAUGAAUCAAAGCUUGUCCCUGCUCUACAAGGUGCCGUAUGUGGCUGAGGAAAUCCAGGAUGAGAUUGAUGAGCUGCUUCAGGAGCAACGUGCAGACAUGGACCAGUUCGCCUCCUCCAUUUCUGAAUCCCAGGUGGAUGUCAGGGUGAGCUCUGAGGAGAGCGAAGAAAUCCCCCUCGAGGGCAAGCCCUUCCGUCCAUUCCAGGUGAAAACCUUCCCAGCCCUGUCUGAAAACGAAGAUCCUCAGCCGGAUUUGUACCAUCCAAUGAAAAAAGGUUCCGGCAUGACCGAGUUGGACGGGCUGCUCGGCGCCGAGGAGAAAGUCAUAAACAGCAAGAACAAAGUGGAUGAAAACGUGGUGAUCGACGAAACCCUCGACGUGAAGGAGAUGAUCUUCAACGCGGAGCGCGUUGGCGGGCUGGUGGACGAGCCGGACACCGACAGCGCCCUCCGCGACGACUUCAGCUUCAGCAGCAGCGCCCUCAUCGGGCUCCUGGUGAUUGCCGUGGCCAUAGCCACCGUCAUCGUCAUCAGCCUGGUGAUGCUGCGCAAGCGGCAGUACGGCACCAUCAGCCACGGCAUCGUGGAGGUCGACCCGAUGCUCACCCCCGAAGAGCGGCAUCUGAGCAAGAUGCAAAACCACGGCUACGAGAACCCCACCUACAAAUACCUGGAGCAGAUGCAGAUAUAAAAGGGGGCGAGACGCAGCGGCCCUGGUGAGAACGCGAGCAGGGCAGGAGGGCCAAAGCGGUCCAGCGUUUUGGAUCGACUACUGACCAACAGUUGCUUCGAGAGGACUUCAUCUUACAUUCAGAACUCCUGGAUCAUUAAGACUAUAAUUACUACUGUAGAGUUGCAAUUUCCAUUCUUUUAAAUGGGUGAAGAAAUGAUAAUAUAACAGUAUGAUAUAUAAAUCUCCUUUAAAUGGGAAAAAAAUGGAUCUAUUGCAGAUAUUUGACUGAGAUGUAGGUUUUUCUUUUUUUUUUUGUUUUGUUUUUUUUUUUUAUCUGAAGAAUACCAGUUCCGUUGUACUGUUGUCUGAUACAAGCUCUCUCUAUAUAUAAUGGGAAAUGUUGAUUUUUAUUUCGGAUAGACCACCCGUACAUCGAGGGUCGUUUGUACCAGCCUGCCUUGUAAAAAGGAGGCAGUUGUGGCUCUUCUGGCUUUUAUAUAUAAAGCAGUAUUUUAUUUUUUUUCCUUUUUUUCUUUAAGUGACUUUUGCUGGGAGUUGCAAAGAAAUUAAUUUAGGGCGAGGAACUCUGCGCAGCGUAAGCGAGGAAGCGAUUU